AUGGCAGACUCGCGCUCGCCAAAGGGUGCUUCGAUACCGGAAUGGCAAAAGAAUUACAAGCAUUCUGAUGAUAAACCUGCUUCCACAGAGAUUCCAGCCACCUCAACCUCCACAGAUCAGACUUCCCUUGAGCAGGCCAGGCAAUUGAUUGAAGAUGAAUCCAUACGCGACGAAUCAAGAGAGAAAAAGAUUGCCUUCCUGGAAAGCAAAGGCGUUCGAGCUGAAGAUAUUGAAGCCGUGCUGAGCGCCGACUCUCCAUCUAUAUUGGUGUCACCACCAGAACUGAAGACUAUCCAUGAUACGUCUCAGGUACCGAGCGCCGAGGAGCAAAACCAUGGUCUCAAUCCCUCUGUACCUUCUGCACAAGUACCUUUGCAGCCAAUAGUCACCACCAAGCGCGAUGUUCCGCCUAUCAUUACAUAUCCCGAGUUCCUCCUCAAACCCCAGAAGCCUCCGCCGCUGGUAACCCUUGAUCGCCUUACGAAUGCUGCAUACAUCCUAGCAGCGGUAUCCGCCCUGACAUAUGGCGCAAGUAAAUAUCUCGUUGAGCCGAUGCUACAAACACUGACGGAUGCGCGCCACGAUCUCGCUGAAGAAACCAAUGAGAACCUCGAGAAACUCAAUAGCAAACUCGAAUCCGUGGUCUCACAUGUCCCAUAUAUCGCCAGUAGUGCUGUUUUGCAAAAGCAGAAAGAGCAAGAACGUGAAGAUGAUCUCGAUUCUGUCGAUUCUGAUCCCACCGAGCUCUUUCACCGGGACAUCGCAACUCAGACGUCUCCCCAUCGCUCCCGCUCUAAUUCCUCCUCCGACUCUGUCCCCAACAACACCCAUUCCGACCCAACAGCGCAGCAAACAAGCCGAUUAAAAGGCCUCCAUGCCGACCUUUCUUCUCUCCUCUCAUCCACCAAUACUCAUUUCUCUCAGGACCGACUGAAGGAGCGUGUGUCCGAAUUCCAGAGCGUGCUUGAUAAGAUGGACACAACUUUCAACCCUUUCACAGUCGAUUAUACGCUUAGCGCCGUGGAUGAUGCCUCUAAAUCCAAAAAAUCGACCAGUAAAGACAAUGAAAUCAACAAGUUCAAGUCCGAGAUCAGAGCCCUGAAAGGUGCCUUCUUAAGUUCCAGAAACUUCCCAAAUACAAGAGCUGCUGCUCCAUUCGCUUUUCCUGCAAGAUGA